AUGGUAGAAUACAAACAACGCAAUACAACACUUAAGAAAUUAGCACGUUGGACUCCUUCUGCGGAAACAAACAAACACAGUUACCCACCACUCAGUCAAGAUGCACCUUUUGUUCAUGUCCAUCAUGAUCAACUCCAACAAGGAUUACUCUAUAUUCUAAAAAUCAAACAAGUCAGCCUUGCUUUAUUUGAAGGUUGGAAUGACGAUAUGUGUUGUUUUUCAGUUCUUCGUGCUGAAGUAGAUCCAUUACGAUGGUCAUCAGCAAGACAAUUACCUGGUGAUUUCGAUGCCUUUGAAGCAUUUGAUGAAGCAGGCAAUCCACCUAUUCAUUUAUGGCCUCGUUACCUUAAAGUGAGCGUACCGAGUAACUGGUUCUGUAUGUUUGAAGAAGCCAAACGAAAACAGAGAGAAUGGAUACAAGAUCAUAUUCCUGAUGAACACACAGCAACGGGUGGUGCUGCUACUUGUUCAAACACCGAUGUCUCUACCAUGGAUUUAAAUUCGUCCAGUCUAGAAGAAGUACAGCCAAUGUCAAUUGUACAUGUUGAGCCCAGUACAAGGUCAUUUGCGUCGCCUGUGCCUUCUCAACAAAGUAUGAUAAUGCAAGAAAAGUCGUUGCAUAUCUUGGACAGAGAACAAAUCAAAAGACAUUUAGCACCUGGACAAGCCAUGACAGAUACCAUAGAUCAAUUCUCUAUUCCAUCCGAUGUCUAUCCAUCUUCUUCUAAAUCAAAAAACCGCGCUUCUAUGAAAAAGAUGAUUUUUGGGUAA